AUGAUAGCGGGAUUUGGUCGAUUAUUUAUUAUUUUCACCAAUACAACGUCAUUAAGUAGCAUGCGGCAGUGCGCAAUGAUACCCUGGAAUGUGUUGCAAAUAUGGGCAGAGCCACUUUCUGCUAUGGUUCUAUUGAUUAUUAGUGUCGACCGGCUGUCUUCAUUAGUGUGUCCUCUAAAAUAUCGUAAAUAUGGACGCCAUUUUCAAGUCUGCCAGGUUUCUAUAGCGAUGGUAAUUGUGGCAUCGUUAGUUUUGCCUAGCUGGAUCCAUUCAUGGGGUGAAGUUGCCUUAGAACACUCGCCAAUGUGUUGGUAUGUUGAGACUGCAUCUGGCAUUGCACCUGAGUUCAACACAAUAUUUUUUGUAAUUCGAAUCGUUUGCUCAAGUGCAAGCGUUGUUGUUUAUGCCAUUGUCUGGACAAUAUCUCGACGCUAUUUUUCAGAAAGAAUGACCAAGAAUUCAAAUUCCGCUCAAUACCUGAAAAUUCAACGUCGACUUACUGUAACAAUGGGCAUUUGGGGUAUUUUUACUUUGAUUCUAUAUGUAUUGCCGGUAAUAAUAACUUCCAUUACAAACUCUUUACAUUUGGAAGUACUAAAUGAAUUCGCCACUCUUCUUUUAACAUUUACUUCGAAUAUUAAUCCAGUCGUUGAUUUAACCGUUCUCUUGUGGCGUCAACCUGAUAUAAAUGGCGCAGUGGCCAAAAUUGUGCCAUUUGUAAAAAUGUUCCGUCGUAAUUCAGUUGCUGAUAAGUCUCUGAAACAAGGAAAAUGA